AUGUUUUAUCUCUGGCAAAUAUUGUCGGUUUUGUCAAUGGUGGAAAGAGAGCCGGCCCCCAAGUCACACUUUCUGCAGACUCGAUAUGGUCGUUUUGAUACCCGAUCCUUUAUUCUUGAGACCCACCUGAGAGUUAAGCGGAGAUGCUUCUCGUAUGGGUUACUGCACGGCGAAGGAGGUCAAGGGUGGUUACACUGUGUCAGUCCGAAGGACAGUGGCAAAAGCCUCUGGUGUCAAGAUAACCCGGAGACUUUAAAGCAAAAGAGACCACUGUGUCCGCUUCAUCAAGACUGGAACCUCAGGCGGCUGCACCGCAUCGUGCUCUUAGGGACCGAGGCCACCACAAAGCUUGCCCGAAAGACAAGACCAAGCCACUUGCUUGUACCGGGCACCCGUAGGUACAACCGCAGUUUAACGUUUGUCCCAAGGCUGUGGGGAGAGCAAAUCCUCUUCUAUAUUUGUGGAACCAUCGGCUCUGUCAAAGAAUGGAUUUUCUCUAACAAUGCCCUGCAGGGUUUGGUGACGUAUCACAAGAACGGCGGCUACUUGCCGCACAGAAAAAGGGAACACUGGCAAUAA